UUCAAACACACAGACAACCAGCGCUUCACUACGAGCACAGAGGUCUCGAGCAGCACGCAUGACAACAGAAACCUCCCAAGAAACUAUUUAUCCCGAGAGCAAACUGUGAGAGGAUUUCACCGGUCGGUACGAAAUGCUUUGACGAUUUCCUGAAAUAUCCAGAGAGAAAACGUGGAAGAGAAAAUAAUUUUAAAAUCUUAUCCUCCUUCUUCUUCUGUGGAGGAGUAUUUUUGGUGAAAAGGUGAAGACGCAAGAGAGACCGGCGGCAGCGUCGAGCAAGUCCGUUUGUGGAAGAACCCCCCCCCCCCCCCCAAAAAAAAGUUUAGAUAAGUUGUUUUGGCGCACAAGGAGCCGUGCCUUUGCUUGUUUUGCGUUCCGAGUGUCAAACUUACAGACAGAGAAGAGCCGUCCUCAUUCGGUGGUGUCUGGUUCUGUUAUCCCAGAGAAGACCUUGCCCUUGAAGAGGACGGGACAGUGCGGAGCGGUGAGUGCAGAUUUUCCUGCAGUGCGGAGCUGCCGCUGCUGACUGAAUGCAGGGGACACACUGAAAGCUGUUCUCCAGACCUCCCUGCUGCUUAAGGGGAGACUGCCAGAUGUGUACCCAGCACUCAAAACCCCUGGCCUGGCCGUGGGGAUGGCAGCCUCUGCCCUGAACCUGAACGGCCUUGGAGUCAUGAACAGCAGUAAUCAGUUUCACACCCAGCCAGGUUCCUCCAGUACCACCUCAGGAGCUAGAACCAGUCCAGUCGGUCGACCUGUGCUGCCGGUUCCAGAGCGGAGCACCUACUGUCAGUUACUGGGUGGGGGAGCGCUUGGUGGAGGUGUCUACAGCCCAACCAGCCCUCAGACGAGCCCUCGAAACCUGGGUCGAACCUUUGUCUUCCCCCCUUCAUCCUCGCUCUCCCCCAGCCACACCCCUCAUGCUCGCUCCCCUUCCCCGCGAAGCCCAGAGCUCCUGGGAGUCAAUGUGGGCCAGCGAGUCCGACGACUGAGCUCACCCGGCGGUGAGGAGAGAGAGGAAGGCGAAAGGCAGGAGGAUUGGGGAGGAGAGACAGCAGGAGGAGAGAGGCGAGAGGAGAGGAGACGCCAGGCACAGCUGCUGCAGAUACACAGAGAGCUGCAGAACGUUGAGGUCAGGGGAAAAGUGGGCAUUUUCGAGGCCCAUAUUUCUGGAAUUCGUGCCCAGGUGUUUAACAGCGAGCUCCAGCGCAGCCCUCGGUCUCCAAGACGAACCCUUGAAUGCUCAGUGACCCACCCACAGGAGAGUAAAGUUUUUCCUGUUGUUCAAAAUGGAAGAGAAAGGGAGGGAGAAACUAUGGAAGGAGAAAUGAGAGAAGGAGGGAAUGAAGGUGAGAAGGACAGCAGUGCUACUAAAACGAACACUGAGAACAAGACACUGAUUGAUCAAAAUGGCCGGCAUUUAGAAUCAACAAUGCAAACUCCCUGUUUAGAUGGACCGUUUGCUGUUCAGGACUCCCUUGAGACAUUAAAUCCAAAUGCAACAACAGACAGAGAGAUAAAAGAGGGUGAAAGACUGCGGAAAAAGGAGGGAGAAAAAGAUGCAUGGGAGGUAGAAAAUGAAAUAAUGCUGCGAGACGAAAGUCAACGGACAGAGAGCAAAGUGACAGAUGAGAAAGAGGGCCGGUUGUGUCUUGAGACACUGCGCCAGACAGAGGCAAAAAGAUUGGAGGUUAACCCUGAAACCACUGCUUUUCCUCGGGCACAGAGUAGUGAGAGCUCCCCUUGUUUGCUGGACAUCACAGAUCACGGCUCGAACCACUCUCCCUCCAUACCUGCAGUCAUAAUAACAGACCAUGGUUUGGAAAGUCAACCUCAAACUUCUGAAGGCCCCGGCUCAGACCAGGGACUAUGCAGCUCCCCUAGUCCCAGUUCCAGCCCUGUCCCUGGGCCGAACUCUUCAAACCGCUCCCUCAGGAAGCUGUCGUCCUCCUCUGCCUCCUCGGCUGGUUUCUCCUCGUCUUGGGAAGAGUCGGAGGAGGAUGUUUCCAGUGAUACAGAGAAAGGAGAGCAGCUUCUCAACCCUGCACUCCUCAGUUCCAAACAGAAAGCGCACAAGUCUUGGAAGAAGAUUAAGAACAUGGUCCACUGGUCACCGUUCGUCAUGUCCUUCAAGAAGAAAUAUCCCUGGAUACAACUGGCUGGGCACGCAGGGAGCUUUAAGGCCGGAGCCAACGGCCGUAUACUAAAAAAACACUGUGAUUGCGAGCAGCGCUGCUUGUCCCUCCUGAUGAGGGACGUGCUGCGCCCAUAUGUCCCCGGUUACCAUGGAGACGUAGAGAAGGACGGCCAGAAAUACAACCAGAUGGAGGAUCUGCUGGCUGAGUUUGACUUCCCGUGUGUGAUGGACUGUAAAAUGGGAGUAAGGACCUACCUUGAGGAAGAGUUGACCAAGGCUCGUAAGAAGCCCUCCCCGAGGCCCGACAUGUAUCAGAAAAUGAUCGAGGUUGAUCCUGAGGCGCCCACACCAGAGGAAAACAACCAGAAGGUGGUAACCAAACCCAGAUACAUGCAGUGGAGGGAGACCAUAAGCUCAACAGCCACCCUGGGAUUUAGGAUAGAGGGAGUCAAGAAGGAGGACGGGACAGUGAACAGAGAUUUUAAGAAAACAAAGACAAGAGACCAAGUUAUUUCAGCCUUCCAUGACUUUGUCAGAGGAAAUAAGGACAUACUGAGGAGUUAUCUAAGCAGGCUGGAGGAAAUCAGAGACACUCUGGAGAUCUCCCCGUUCUUCAAAACCCACGAGGUGAUUGGCAGCUCCUUGUUAUUUGUUCACGACAGUAAGGGACGGGCCAAAGUCUGGAUGAUAGACUUUGGGAAAACUACUCCUCUUCCUGACGGGGAGGAACUAACCCACCGAGCACAAUGGGUAGAGGGCAACAGAGAAGAUGGCUACCUUUGUGGACUUGAUAGUUUGGUGGACAUCAUUUCAUCCAUGGUGGACUCUGAGACUUGAAGUCUGAUGGGUGUUUUUAUCCAAGUGAACAUUUGGACACACAAAACCUACUUCCAUUCAUUCUUUCUUUCUCUGGGGAACACUUUGGACUUCCUCAAAGAUUCCUUCACAAACAUUUGUCCCAUAACAAUACGUGGUCAAAUCCAUGAUGUUCCAUUUCUGUUCAUGUCCAGGAGAUUUCAGGAUCUUGCUCUUCCGCAUCCAUGGCCCUUUUAAUGUGAUCCUUGUACCCUCAAGGGCCGUCCGUAAAAAGCCUUUUUCACAGCAGACAUGUUAACUUCUCAUAGCAGGAAAAGCACAGAUGGAACUAAUGACAUUAAAGAUGUCUCAGAUCCGUUAAGUGUCCCAGUAAUACGGCAUUCAGACCAAACGCAAAUUUUCUCCUCGCGACGCUUUCCUCGCGUGAGUACAUUCGCUGCAAGUGUUCACACACAACGCGAGAAGGCAAUUUUAACAUGAUAAUGUGAAUAAACACAACUUG